UUUAAACCAAUUUAAAUCAAUCCGGAUUUGAUCAUUUAAGCAGCAAUUUGUGAUAAUCCCAUGGCCGCAUCCACACGUCUAUGGGAAAACCUCCCCGCCACAUCAUCCCCUCCUCCCUGCACUGCUCUUCGUCGCCAAAGAUAGUUCACCUUCCGCCCGGAAAAGGAAACCUUGCAUUUUCCAAACACAUUAGAUAUUCUUUGUUUUUUUUAACUCUUAUCCAGUUAUCAUCUUUGGCGCUCCUCUUUCCCGCCGAUGUCAAUCAAGCUGCACCAUCAAAACCUUGCUUCCUCCAGUUCUAGCAGUUCACCACUUAGAAGGAAGGAUUUCAAUCGAAGGUUAGUAGUUUUGGAUCGUCUAACAUUUAUUCGAUGCUAUACAAGGAAGAGAGCCUAUGCAAACAUUUCUUCACCAGAGAAGGACCACAUUUGUUCAAGUCACACAUUGCCAGAUAUUAUGAAACAUUACAUAAAUACUCACAAGUCAAGGAAGACUAAACAAUAUUAUUCUUUUGCUUCUGCUGAUGAUGGGGUGACACUUAAUGAGAGACCUAAUGCAAGUGUUAAUGCUGAUGUUGAGGAAAUGAAAUUGAAACUAGAUCUUUCUUUACAAACUGAAGAGAACAGUUCUGGACUUGUGCAAUCAAUCCAUGAUGCUGCAAGGCUAAUUGAGCAUGGAAUUAAGCAAAGAUCAUUGUCAAGGUCUUGGUUCUCAUCUGCCUGGCUAGGCAUAGACAAAACAGCCUGGGUGAAGGUUCUGUCAUAUCAGGCAUCUGUAUACUCUCUUCUUCAAGCAACAAAUGAACUAUCAUCACGAGGAGAUGGAAGAGGCAAUGAUAUCACUGUUUUUAUCCAGCGCUGUGUAUUAAAGCAAUCUUCUCCUCUGGAGAGUGUGAUUAGAGAUGAGUUAUUAGCAAAACAACCUGCAGUAUAUGAGUGGUUUUGGUCUGAACAAAUUCCCACAGUGGUGGCUACCUUCAUUAAUUAUUUUGGGAGUGACCAGAACUUUGCUGCUGCAACUUCAGUGACUCAAAAAUCAGUGUCUUCCUCUGCAGGCAGUACAAGCAAUGUAUCACUUCUUAUGCCUGUUUUGCGCAGCAUUGCAGCAAUUAUAAAGAUUGGUCCAACGAGAGUUUCUUGUGUGCAAUUUUUUUCUCUGAUUCCUGAAACCUUGGGAAGAUUGAUGGACAUGCUUAUUGAAAAUAUCCCUAUAAAAGAAGCAUAUCAUUCACUAAGAAAUGCUGGUUUACAUAGAGAAUUUCUUUUGCACUUUGGUUCUAGAGCUGCAGUUUGGAAUGUGAGAAAUAAUCAAGAAGGCAAUGAUGAGCCCAUGUUUUGGGUGGGUCUUGUCCAAAAGCAGCUAGAACGAGCUAUAGACCGGGAGAGAAUAUGGUCUCGGCUCACAACAUCUGAAAGUAUCGAGGUACUUGAAAGGGAUUUGGCUAUAUUUGGGUUCUUCAUUGCUUUGGGGAGAACGACACAAUCGUUUCUUUCUGCAAAUGGGUUUGAUGCUCUGGAUGAGUCUAUUGAAGAGCUUAUCAGGUACUUAAUUGGCGGUAGUGUCCUAUAUUACCCUCAACUUUCAUCAAUAAGUUCUUAUCAACUCUAUGUAGAGGUUGUGUGUGAAGAGCUAGACUGGCUACUUUUUUAUCCGGGAUUUAGCAGUAAUACCAAACACAAGCUUGAGCAUAAAAGUAAACAACUCCCAAAUCCUGAAGCUGUACUUGUAGUGUUAGACGUGUGCUUCUACUGGAUACGCAACUUCAUCAAAUAUAGCAGAUGGCUGGAGAACCCUGCCAAUAUUAAGGCAGCCCGAUAUGUUUCAACCAUGCAUGACAAGCUGAAGAAGUGUAUGCAUGAAUUGGGGAUUGUGAAGAACCAAGCUGGAGCUUAUUCAAGGUCUGGAAAUGAUUCAGAUUCUUUCGACAAGGCAAUGGAGAGUGUUGAAGAAGCUCUAGUAAGGCUAGAGGGAUUGCUUAAGCAGAUGCAUAUGUCAAAGUCUAGUUCUGGAGAGCAAUUAAAAGCUGCUUGUUCUGAUCUUGAGAGGAUAAGAAGACUUAAGAAAGAGGCUGAGUUCCUUGAGGCAUCUUUCAGUGCAAAGGCUGCUUCUCUCAAGAAGGGAGAUGAUGCUACAUGUUCACUGUCUUCAACCGAAGAGCAGCGACAAUAUUCAAUGGACAAAGAAAACAUUAAUGCCAAUAAUCGGGAUACAGGCAGCAGGGGACUUGGACUUUGGGGCUUCUUGGUUCGUGGCCAAAAUAAAGCAUUGGACAGUCCUUCACCAGCUCUCACUGGAAGUGAUGUUGGAAGCCUUAAAGAGGAAACGUUAGAUGCAGAAACAGUAGGCUCCACGACCAAUGAGUUCCAGCGUUUUGAUUUAUUAAGGAGUGAGCUAAUAGAGCUUGAGCAACGAGUUAAAAGAAGUUCUGAUUGGAAUGAAUUUGAAGAGGACAUGCAUAUGGAUGCUGAGGGUGCUCAACUUGUUCAUUAUCAGAAGAAAGAAAGCAUCAUCGAAAAAUCAUUGGAGAAAUUAAAAGAAACAAGCACGGAUGUUUGGCAAGGUACUCAGCUUCUUGCUAUUGAUGCUGCUGCAGCUACUGAGUUGCUAAGGAGGUCCCUAAUAGGGGAUGAGUUGACUGGGAAAGAAAAACAAGUACUCCGAAGAACUUUAGCAGAUUUGGCAUCUGUCGUUCCGAUUAGUUUUCUUAUGCUUCUUCCUGUCACUGCAGUUGGGCAUGCAGCCAUGUUGGCUGCGAUACAGAGAUAUGUACCGGCAUUGAUUCCUUCUACGUAUGGCCCUGAAAGGCUAGC